CAUCUCCCACCUGGCAUGCGAUGGACUGCAUGGUGAUCAAUAAAUCAAACUCGUUCCAACCUACCUCCAAAGACCUCCUCCCGCUCGAAACUCUCUUCUCUGUGCCUCAUCCUCCGCCAAUACUGCGGUCAUGUCCCAUCCAGGACUUAUUUCCUACCCGAGAUAAAGGUGCUUCCUCCCUUUCAUCACGAUGAUCUCAGCCACACGUCGCUGGCUCAAGCGGAAUCGCAAUGGCAUCGCAAUCGGUGCUGGAGUUAUUGGCGCAACCUAUUUGGCGGGACAGUAUGUGCUUGGGAAGAUCCAGGAAGCGCGAGAGCGCAUGCAAAUGGACAGAAUAGCAAAAGAGAACAUUCAACGCCGGUUUGAACAGAAUCAAACAGACUGCACCAUUACCGUCCUCGCCCUCCUGCCUACUCUGACCGAGAAUGUCCUCGAAGAAUUGCCCGUUGAGCAAUUAACCCAUGAAUUACAGCAGAAGAAAGCCGAAAGACUGGCACGUGCUUCUGGAGAGGGGAGAUCUGAAGCUUCCAGUAUGCAGGAGGGCGAUACCGUCAGCAUGUCAAGCUUCCAGACGGGAAGCUUCAUACAUGCCAGCCAAGUACAAGGGGAUGGUAAUGAGUUGGGCUCAAGAAGAACGAAAGCACAACUCUGGAAUGAAGUAAAGAUCACGUCCGUCACAAGGGCUUUCACCCUGAUCUACAGUCUGUCACUCCUCAUCAUACUGACAAGAAUACAACUCAAUCUGCUCGGCCGACUCAAUUACUUGUCCUCAGUCAUCUCUUUGGCUCAACCUGUGCCACCGGGAAGAGCCAACUCCAUCUCACUCGAGGAUCAUGACAGUGGGAGUGCAGGAAACGGCUUCGGAAAUGACUUCGAAACCAACAGAAGAUACCUCACUUUUUCGUGGUAUUUGCUACAUAGAGGAUAUGCUCAAAUCAUGGCGAAAGUGAGGACUGCAGUGGAGGAGGUAUUCGGAAGUAUUUCUCCGAACGAGGGAAUCUCAGCCAUAAGACUCAGCGACUUGGUCCUCGCAGUACGAAGGAAGAUCGAGGGCAGCUCGGAGCAGGAAAGAUAUGCCACUAGAUGGCUACCCUGUAUGCUGCCGCCCCGCGAGGAGGAAGAGGCGGUGCUGAUUGAGUCGGGAGUGAUGACACCGACUCCAUCAUCUCCCAGCCAGACUCACGAUGAGCGGCAACUUGGAGAGGAGCCUUCUAUCCACAUCGAUACCUCGUCAGGACCUCUGCGGCAACUCCUUGAUGAGACAGCUGAUCUGAUCGACUCUCCAAUCUUCACAAGAAUUCAUACACUUCUUCUGGGCUCGAUGUUCUCACACCUUAUCGACGCUCAUGUUAUUGCGCGGGCUUAUCCACAACCGCCAAUGCAAUCGCCGUCAUCAUCGAUAUCCGGCGCACAACCUCCGCGUAUCCAAGAACUAGACUCUGCUGUCACGGUCGUGCCUGGAGAGCCGCGAGUCAAGCUCGCCAAUCUGCUGGCCAUAAUUACUCGCCAGGCUCAUGCUAUUGGCAAUGGAAAUAACCCUCCUAAUGAAUAUCUGUCUACGGCAGAGGCGGAAGUGAAAGAGCUCGAGGCCUUUGCUGCCUUGAUCUAUGCCAGUAAUCUGGAUCAGAACCUUGAGGAGAAGCAAGCAGCGUCGUCGGAAAGCGGAUUGAAAGCGUCUGCUGGUGUCGGCGUUAGUGACGUCGGCGCCGAGCAUGUGGACGAAAUGAUCGAGAGCAAACUCGAAAGCGCAUGGACAAAGGUCACAGGAUCGACCUUUCAGUCCAGAUGAGAUAAGGCCAUGCUAUUGCCGAAGGGGGUAAUACGGCGUGCCUGCUGAGGCAACCGGGUUGAACUGGUCGUCCGACAUCUCCUCGGCAGAUAACGUGUCAGAGUAUCGGGUUUACAUGAUUCACGAGCUGCGAGCUAUAGAACUGUCGAGUUACCGAGGACAAAACCGGCAGCUAGAUAAAUGGUACUUUCCAGCGUGCCGAGCUGCAAGGCUGACUUGGUUUUCGACGUGUUUGUCGAACACGUCUCGAUCGUUUUACAAUUCCCCGGGAAAUGCAAGUGUAUACCCAAAACAGUGACCCAUUCUAUUCAUGCUUUUCGCAUUUGGAACCAGACACCUACACCCU